AUGUCUCGACCUCACUGGCAGCGUUUUAUCCGGUCGCAAUGGCAGGCCCCAUCGUUCGGCAACUGUCGUGGCGUGCCUCGUCGCGUUCAGUCAGCGCGAGCCACAUUCUCGACCACGGCGCGAAGGGAUCUUAUGGAGAUGACGGGCUUCACUGAGGAGCAGCUCACAGUUCGCGAAGCUAUUUCCAAUAUCUGCGCCAGAUUUCCAAAUACCUACUGGCAGGAGAGGGACCAGCAGGAGAAAGAUCCCAAGGAAUUCCAUGCGGCCUUGGCUAAAGAUGGCUGGCUGGGCAUCGCGCUGCCCGAAUCCCUCGGAGGCGCAGGAUUAGGUAUCUCCGAGGCCACCAUGAUGAUGCACACUAUCACACAGUCCGGGGCAGGAAUGGCGGGAGCCCAAGCCAUUCAUGCAAAUGUAUACGCUACACAGCCCUUGGCCAAGUUCGGGACACAAGAACAGCUAGAGACCACGAUCCCAAACAUCAUCAAUGGUACCUGGCGAACCUGUUUCGGCGUCACCGAGCCAAAUACAGGGCUGGAAACACUCAAGCUCAAAACAUUGGCAACUAAAACAGCCGACGGCUAUUCUGUCUCGGGUCAGAAGAUUUGGAUUACCUGCGCCCAGGUCGCCUCAAAGAUGAUUCUUCUGGCGCGGACUGCACCGCUAGAAGAGGUCCAGAAGGCAACCGAUGGUCUGUCUAUGUUUUGCAUUGACCUCAACCGCGACCAGCCCGGGUUGGACAUGCGCAAGAUUAAAAAGAUGGGCGGCCGUGCCGUGGAUGCUAACGAGGUAUUCUUUGAUAACUAUCAGAUUCCAGAGAGUGCGUUGAUCGGCCAAGAAAACCAAGGGUUCAAGAUCAUCCUGCAUGGCAUGAAUGCUGAGCGUUGUCUGCUGGCCGGCGAAGCCUUAGGUCUUGGAUAUGCCGCCCUCGAGAAAGCGUCCCAGUAUGCAAAGGAUCGUGUGGUGUUCGGUCGGCCCAUUGGACAGAACCAGGGCGUUGCCCACCCACUGGCAGAUGCCUACAUGAAGCUCGAGGCGGCAAAACUGGCCACUUACCAUGCCGCUCGACUCUACGAUACGAACGAUGGCUCUGUCCCAUUCCAAGCCAUCGGCGUCGCCUGCAACAGCGCGAAAUAUCUCGCUGCCGAGGCCGCGUUCACAGCUUGUGAGCGCGCUGUUCUGGCACAUGGAGGAAUGGGCUACGCCAUGGAAUAUGAUGUUGAGCGAUAUCUGCGUGAAUGCCUUGUCCCCCGGAUUGCCCCUGUGAGCCGGGAAAUGAUCUUGAACUACGUGAGUGAGAAAGUUCUUGAGCUUCCUCGAAGUUAUUAG